AUGAACACUCAAGGAGGUGCUAAACCACGUCUUCGAUCACUCACUCUCACGUUACCAUCCCCUAAAAAAAUUGGUAAGCAGGAACGUGGCUCUAAGAUUCAGCCAGAUAGCUCUGCACUUGAAUCAACAACAGUUAGCAACAAGAAUCUUUCUGUGAAAUCAAUUCGCGAUGAUAACUAUACUGGAGACCAAGAACCGGCGAUCGCACUUCAGAAGAUUUAUACAGACCAAGAAAAUUGGCAACAAGUGAGCACUAACAACCAGCGCGUCUUUUUCAACACUCGACAGAUACAAGACUGGAUUGAUAUCGGCCACAAUCUCCUCGAAAUUUGUAGGAACAAUAUACAAGGAUUGGUAGCAUCGAAUCAAAAUGAGCACGAUAUCAAGGAUCAAUACAAGUAUCUGCAAGAGCGUAUUCGAGAAGUUCUCGAUCAACCACUAUGGUGGUUUAGUCAAGAAGAAGAAAAGGUUCGACUAUUUUGGCAAGAGCUCUCUCCACAAUUGGUGGAAGAAAAUCAUCAAUUGCAGCAAGACACCGCACAUUGGGUACAAGCGAGAAAUCAAUUAGUACCACCACAGGAUAAUCGUGCUUUAGACUACUCACGGCAGCUACAGGAAUACCAACGACGAUCAGAAGAGUGGCUUGAUCAGGGUAGCAAACUCAUCGAACGUCACAAUGAACUCAAACAAUACUGCGAACCAGAGUUACAGAAGCGAGAAGAUCCAACAUCGCGAUAUGUUGCGCUUUGUAGCGAAAUAAAAAAGUUACGACUGGUUUGCGGCAGUGAAAGAAAGAGACUUGAGGAGCUGGUUCGACCAUCCGGGGACAAUCCAGAGAAGUAUAGGCAAGAAAAUCGUCAAGUUGAAGGAAUGUCUAUGGCUUCAGAUCCACAGAAAUCAGCAAUCCAGCAUCAUGGACAACAAGAACCUCCCAACGGCGAGACGAGGAAGCGAGCACCCUAUAAGAAACGCAAAACAGCCGAAAGCGAGGCAGUCGACAACUCUAUCAGAGACCAACUCGUAGAUGCCGGAACUCCUUUUGUAAAAGAGCUCGAAAAUGAUUUUGCAUAUCUGGACAACAAUCCGCUAAGUCUUCCAAUUCAUGACAACAGUGAAAGUUACUACGAAAAACUCAAGGAUUACGUGCAACGAAUUGAAAAGCGGGUACAGAGAUUACAGUACUAUCAAGAAGCUUUCGACCAACAAUUUCGAAUUUAUAGACCACGUGACGCAGAACGCGCCAAACGUGACUUGGCUUACAAGAAACGCAAAAUAGCUGAGAAAAAGUCGGGUGUCAAGUAUUUUCCUAUUGAGGAUCACGCAGCACACAUACAAAAACUUGAUCAACAGCUACGAGAAAGUGCAGAAAGUCAACUACAGGCCAUGAACUACGCCGUUGGACUGUUGAAAGCAGAGGAACGUAACCGAUCGGAGCAAAGCUUUCACAAAGCAACAUAUCCAGCAACUGUACCAGGAUUCGCGGGAUCAUUCCAUCAAGGAACGCCGUCUAGAACACCAGUAGAGGAUCUUCAUAGAAUGUCUAUGCCAGUUACCGAUCUACAAUAUCCGCCAUCACAUUUCAAAGAAUCGCCUAAAUGCUACACCACUUGCCCAUCAUCUGGUCAACAUGCAAGAGAUCCUAUCCAACUUGGUUCGGAAUUCAGUGUUUCAAACAGAUCGAGUCCAACUAGUCGACUGAUUCCAGCCAUAGAGAUCCCUGUGAAACGUAAACGAGGUCGCCCUCCUGGAUCUACGUCACAUCAGCGGACUUCCUUGUCAUCAAUGCCACCAAUCCUUCCAAGUCCAUCUCGGCCUCAGGUACAGUCUUGUCCAGACUGUAAUUUUGCUUACUCGAAGCUGAUACCUGCAUGUCCCAAUCACACUCCUACUGCAAAGAUUCGUCUAAUGCUCGACAAUUUGAAAGGUAUCAAAGACGAUUCUCAGCAAGUGGCAGCUGCAAACAAGUUGUUGAAAGAAGCAUUGGCAUCAAAAUCUGCUGCUCAAAUUUCCCUUCGAAAAUAA